ACCAAUAAAUACCAUUCGAAUUUUUUUAUGUACGGUAAAUGUAUUCCAGUGAUACGUGGCUCCGGUGUCUAUCAGGAUGCAGUUGAUUUGUGUAUACAAAAGUGCGCGCUCGGGCAUUGGGUGCAUGUCUUUCCGGAAGGCAAAGUUAACAUGACCAAAGAGGAAAUGCGUCUGAAGUGGGGUGUGGGUCGUAUCAUAUACGAAUCGCCACAAAUUCCAAUUAUUAUACCUAUGUGGCAUGAAGGCAUGGAUGAGGUGUUGCCCAACACUGAGCCUUACAUGUUGAAAUGGGGCAAAAAGGUCACACUGAAUAUUGGCCAACCCAUAGACUUGCAUGAUUUUAUACAGGAUCUCAAAGAUCGCAAAGUGCCUGAGUCGGAGGCUAGGAAAUUGAUAACCGACAAAAUACAAGAUGUGUUUCAUCAUUUACGUAAAGAAACUGUAGAACUGCAUAAAAAACGGCAAUAGUAAUUAAGUAAAUUUGUUUUAAAUUAUUUUAUUAACGUUCUACUCAUAGACUCAUGGACGAAGAGGCAUACAAUUUUUAGCUAUUAUAUAUUUAGUUAGAUAUAAAUGAAAAACACAGAAAAGUAGAAAAUAUUAUGUUUAAAACCUUAGAGUAGCCCACAAAAAGUGUGAAAUUAUCAUUUUUACAGCUAUCGCUCGAAAAUACAUUAUUUUUUCCUUUAUUUUACUUGCAAAUACCAUUGCUGUAGAAAUAAAGACGCUAACUUUUUCUUAGUGAAAACAACGACGUAUUCCGUAAAACAAAUUAUGUUAAAAAUGCAAUGUGCAAUUUAUUGAAUAUUUAUGUAGUACAUAUAUUUUUGACUGUAAAAUAAUUAUUGUAAUUUGCUUAGUUUUAUGUGAAUAUUCAACGAUAAUAUUAUACGCUUAAAAACUAAACAAAAAAUUUAAUAUACUACUAGAAACCGAGUAUUCGUACAGAUAUAUUGUAAAAAGUAUUGUAGUAAAUGAUGUAAAUACGAUUUUAGAUAUGCAUAAAAACCGACGCCCUAAAUUUAUGAAUAUAAUGAAUUAGAUAUAUUGAUGAAUGCAUGUAUUUAUAUGUAUGUUUAAAAAUAAAAUAUAUUUAUAUAUUUCAACUGUAAGAGGAUUGCUUGCGUUUGAGUGUUGCGCAAAUCGUGUGUAAAAUAUUGUUUUAUGUGUCGAAUAAUGAACGCAAACGUUUAAAACAUAUGUUAAAAAAAAAUAAUAAAUUAGAAAGGAGAGCCGAAGGUCAUAUUAGUGCUCCUUUUUCGGUAAAGGAGUGAUCUUUCUCUCCUUUUCCUUUAUUAAUAAUAAUAAUGAUUAUAAUUAGAAAAGAGCAUCACUGUCAAAUUUUUAAGUAUUAUACAUAAAUAUACGAGUACGAAAACGAAAA